ACAGAUCACGGCCAACGGUAUGGAUAUAUGGACGACAGAUACGAGAGAUCGGACUGAGAUGGAUAUAGGGACGACAUAUACGAGAGAUCGGACCGAGACGGAUAUAGGGACGACAGAUACGAGAGGUCGGGUCGAGAUGGCUACAGAGGUGGUAGGUAUGAAAGAGGAGAUCGGGACUGGGAACGACGAGAUGGGUCGCGCGGUUGAGUGCGGGGGAGAUGCGAGAGAGCAGCGCGACGAGUCGCGCGGAUGGUACAACCGAGGGGACCGACGCGAUGAGUCACAAGGGCGAUAUGACUCGGGGGACCGCCGGAAUGAUUCGCGAGGGCGGUAUGUGCAAGGAGGGUCUGGAGGAGACCGCCGCAACGAUUCGCGCGGUCGGAAUGAGAGAGGGGGAUAUGGUGUCUCAUCAGAACCAUAUCCCAAGUCGCCUGACCCCAAGGCAGCUAGGAGUUCGAUCUCUAGAAGCGCAGACGACAGGUCAUCUACUCCCAGGAACUCAUGCGUCUACAGUAGAGGAGAAGAUCAUAUCAAGAGGGAUUGCCCGGACCUCAAACGGGCAAUAAAUGAGGGAUUUGUCGUGCUUGACGACCGCAAGUACGUCAAGUGGGCAGAUGGUCUGGGAGACGUAUCGAUGUUCCCUUCGAUGAAGGAGAAUGUCGAAGCAAGGAGAGUAAAGCCGAGUAAAGAAAAGGAGCCGAUCAGGAGCCAGAGCAUCAAGAUAACCUUUGAGGGGGAUAUGGCGACCACACCCAUAAGGGUGGCAGCCACCAAGUCGGCGAGAGGGUCUACAUCGAAGAAGACUAACACGGAUUACUGCUCUAUUCUGGGGUACCUGGCGGCAUCGAAGCCGGCUCGUGAUGAGUUACAGAUGAUCACGUGGAAGACUCGCAUACCUCUAUUGGAGGAGGGUCAGGGGGCCCCUAAGGCGGAAGCUUCUACAGUAGCAGUGACAGGGGUGACUGCCAGAGCAGAUUGCAUGGCGACAGUCCUUCUCGAUGGAAUGGAAGGUGUGACUCCAGACAAGUUUUAUAUACUUGGUAGCGGGGCCGUGGAGACGAUUAUAAACGAUGGAGCGGUACUCGAUGCUGUGAUCGAUAACGGCAGUGAGGCUGUCAUCAUAGAYGAGGACCUGGCAGUACAGGUUGGACUGGGCCUCGAUAGGUCAUACCUAUUCGAGAUAAAGACGGCUGAUGGGAGAAAGCAACAGAUCACUGGGGUUUGUCACAAGGCAGCCAUAGAGGUCCAAGGGGUACGAGUGACCCUGCCUGUCUUUGCAGUCAAGAACUGCAGCUCCGACCUGCUCUUGGGUYGAACGUGGCUGAGCCACGUGCAUGCGGUGACGAUAGAGCGACCUGAUGGGAGCCAAACAUUGUCCAUUAGGAAGCCAGACGGGACGCGGGUAAUGAUUGAGACAGUGGAGCCUCGGGACCCGAGGAACAGAGCAGCUCUCGCUGUGGGUGCGAGACCCAGUGAUCAGAUUAAGUCGUUACCUAUCUCCGGCCGCGCGGUGCGAUUUUGCGAGAAGAAAUAUGGACCGUUGCUCAUAGAGGAAGAAGGUCGGAUCGUGGAGGUGGAAAAUUUAGGGAAUCGGCUAAUAGUGGACGGCAACUCGUACCCAAAGGAAAAAGAUGAGGAAUUUGGCGGUGUGGUAUCCAAGGAGAAGGAAAAAGUUAUCGCUUUCCUGAAAGAAAAGAUGGUUUCCCACGUUGCGGAGCCGUCUGAUAGCGCUUAUGCUAAUCGAUGGUUCUUCCUACGAAAGCCGAAUGGCAAGAUCCGAUGGAUCCAGGACCUUCAGAAGGUCAACGYGGUGACGAUACGAGACGUGGGCUCCGUGCCACACGCCGAUUUACUAGCAGAAGGCGCCGCAGGUAGGUCGAUUUAUUCGGUCUGUGAUCUGUUCUCAGGUUAUGAUGAGGUGCCGCUUGACCCUAGAGACAGGCAUCUCACGGCUAUGCAUACGCCAUUGGGACUAAUACAGAUGAUGGUUGUCCCUAUGGGUUGGACUAAUGGGGUAGCCGUUUUUCAGAGAGUCAUCGUAGCCGUCCUUAAGGACUUCAUCCCUGAUAAGGUUGAAGUUUUUCUGGAUGACUUUCCUAUAAAAGGGCCAGUAAACAAGGAUGAGGCAGAGGUUGCACCUGGAGUUAGAAGAUUCGUCGAGCAGCACCUAACGGAUAUUUGCGCGGUACUCGAGCAGCUGGACGAUGCGAAUCUAACAGUCAGCGGAACAAAGAGCCGACGGGCCGUCUCGACUAUUAAGAUCUUGGGCUUUAUUUGUGACUCGAGGGGACGCCGAGCAGAUCCGGCGAAGUUAGACAGACUCCUGAACUGGCCGUCACCAUUACAUAGUCCAACCGAGGUCCGGCAGUUUCUGGGAGUGGUCGGUUACUGGCGUAUAUUCAUACGAGGGUACGCGGAGAAGGCUGAGCCAUUGAGACUACUCCUUCAAAAAACUGAGAAAUUCUACUGGGAUUCCUCGCAGGAACUCGCUAUGCAAGAGCUUAAAGAUGAAUUUAAGGAGGGAGGACGCGUACUGGGCGUGUCGUUCUUUGAUGAUGAGGCUGGGAGACCCUUCAUAGUAGCCACGGAUGCUGGACCUUGUUCGGUAGGAGGGUUGCUGUCUCAGAAGGACGCUGAAGGGAAAGAAAGACCAUUAAGAUUUGAGAGUAGGACACUUAAUAUGGCAGAGCGAAACUACAGUUAAUUCAAGAAGGAAGUAUUAGCUGUUCUGCGG